AUGGGUGGAGAAGCUUCGCCACUUGCCCCCGCCCUAGCUUCGCGAUCGGUACCCCGGCUAGCUGAGCGCCCGGUCGGCCAGCGCAUCACCAAGAUCUACACGGACCGACUGCGCCAGUUGACAGCGUCCGGCCAGUAUGAAAGCCAGAAUCUGGUCGCAAAGUUCCAUGAAGCUGUCAAUUCCGAUGAAGACCAUGUCAAGCUGUCCGUUUACUCGGUCCCGGACCUGCAGCGGCCAUCCUUCGAGGAUGCAACCUCACACGAAUUCCAGCCAACUCAUAUCGGACAAUCCUUUGGCCCUAGCUGGUCUACCCAUUGGUUCCGCAUCCAGCUCACCGUUCCUGAGGAGAUGCUCCGAAAGGAACGCCUGGAAUUUCACUGGGAUGCGAAUAACGAAGGUAUGGUCUGGACGAACGAAGGUCAUCCGCUACAAGGUUUGACAGGCGGCGGAGAGCGUAUCGAAUGGAUCAUCCCCGAAAGUUGGCGCGAUGGAAAGGAACAUAUCUUUUAUAUCGAAAUGGCCUGCAAUGGCAUGUUUGGCAACGCCCCCGGCGGCGACUCCAUCCAACCGCCGAACCCGGACAAGUACUUCCAACUCACCAAGGCACAGAUCACAGCCGUGAAUUUGGAAGCACGCGCACUCUAUUAUGAUUUCUGGAUUAUCGGAGAUGCCGCCCGUGAAUUCCCUGGAGAUUCGUGGGAGGCGCACGAAGCUAAUAUGGUGGGCAACGCUAUGAUCGAUGCUUUCAUUGCCGGCAAUGGAAGCCAAACGUCCAUCAAGGAGGCGCGCAAGAUCGGACAGAAGUACCUGGGUAAUAAAGUUGAUUCAUCAUCUGUCUAUUCAGCCGACACAGAGCCAUUUGUAUAUGCCAUCGGUCAUUGCCAUAUCGAUACCUGCUGGCUCUGGCCCUGGGCAGAGACUAAGCGCAAGGUUGCACGAUCGUGGUCCAACCAAUGCGAUCUGAUGGAUCGCUAUCCGGAACAUCGUUUUACUUGCUCACAGGCUCAGCAAUUCAAGUGGCUCAAUCAAUACUAUCCUUCCGUCUUUGAUCGUGUGAGAAGAUGGGUGCGAAAGGGCCAUUUCCAGCCAAUCGGUGGUAGCUGGGUUGAGCAUGACACCAAUAUGCCCAGCGGAGAGUCGCUCGUUCGGCAGUUUCUCUAUGGUCAGCGAUUCUUCAAGAGCCAUUUUGGCAAGCGAUGCACCACUUUCUGGCUGCCGGAUACGUUUGGAUAUUCUACUCAGAUCCCGCAGAUUUGUCGCCUGGCCGGAAUGAGCCGCUUCUUUACUCAAAAGCUUAGCUGGAACAACAUCAACAACUUCCCUCACACCACCUUCCAAUGGGUUGCCCUGGAUGGCAGCCAAGUUAUGUGCCAUAUGCCGCCAUCAGAGACUUACACAGCCGAGGCCCAUUUCGGUGAUCUCAGGCGCAGCAUCACCCAGCAUAAGUCGAUGGACAAGGAUAAGUCUUCUUUGCUUGUAUUUGGCAAAGGUGAUGGUGGGGGAGGGCCGACAUUUGGUCACCUGGAAAAAUUGCGCCGUUGCCGCGGGCUCAGCGACAAGAUUGGCACACUUCCCCGAGUCAAGAUGGGCGAAUCUGUCGACGACUUCUUCGACAAGCUUGAAGCUAGCGCUGCCAAUGGCACGGAGUUUGCAACUUGGUAUGGAGAAUUAUAUUUUGAACUCCAUCGCGGAACCUAUACGACUCAGGCGAAUAACAAACGCAACAACCGCAAAUCCGAAUUCUUGCUGCGCGAGAUUGAGCUUCUUGCUACUCUAGCAACUCUUCAUGGCACGGACAAGAAGUACAAGUAUCCCAAAGAGCAGAUUGAUCAGAUGUGGGAGGGCGUUCUUCUUUGUCAAUUCCAUGAUUGCUUACCUGGAAGCUCAAUUGAGAUGUGCUACGAUGACUCAGAUAAACUCUACGCUGAAAUCUUUGAGACUGGAAAUGAGUUACGCGAGAAGGCUCUUGGUGCACUAGGAAUUGCUGGAGAUUCCGGAAGCCUUGUUGCUCUCAACACUUUGCCUUGGCCACGCUCUGAACUUGUGAAAAUCCCGGAGACUCUCGCUGCUUCUAAUGGAUCUAGAUAUGCUUUGGCUGAUGGACCGACUGGCGUCAUUGCAUGCAAGCCAGUUGAUUUCAAGGUCACCACCGCGGUCACCGUUUCCGAGAUUGAGCCCGGUGUUUUCCGCAUGGAGAAUGGCAAGCUGAGAGUGAACAUCAACAACGGUGUGAUUACGUCGUUGUUUGAUGUGGAAGCACAGAGAGAGAUCAUUGCUAAGGGCGGGAAGGCUGGUCAGCUGGUGAUAUUCGAUGACAAGCCUCUUUACUGGCAGGCCUGGGAUGUAGAGGUCUUCCAUCUCGAUUCUCGAAAGGAACUUCCUCGUGGCAAGACAGUCAUCAUAGAGAAUGACCAACACAGAGCCAGCGUUGUGACCGAAACCCAGAUUAGUGACAAGAGUUGGAUCAAGACAACAAUCAGCCUUGCAGCAUCCACUUCUGGAGAACCCUCAUUCGUGGAAUUUGAAAGUGAAGUUGAGUGGCGGGAAACCAUGAAGUUCCUUAAGGUUGAAUUCCCGGUGGAUAUCACAAAUACCGAGGCGUCCUACGAGACACAAUAUGGUAUCGUUCGCCGCCCGACGCAUUACAACACCAGCUGGGACAUGGCGAAAUUCGAAGUCUGCUGUCACAAAUGGGCGGAUCUGUCUGAGAAUGGCUACGGCGUUUCAAUUCUCAACGACUCAAAGUAUGGCUUCGCAACCUGUGGCAACCUCAUGCGACUGUCUCUUCUUCGCGCUCCCAAAGCUCCCGAUGCUCAUGCAGAUAUGGGCCGUCAUCACAUCCGCUACGCGAUCCUUCCUCACAUUGGUCCCCUUGAUGCGCGUACAGUCCGAGCUGGAUACAACUUCAACCAUCCGCUGGGUGUAGAGCAAGCCAGCUCAAACAUUUCGAGCUAUAAUACUGCUUUCAGAUCUGUUUCCGUUCAAGGUUCCUCGUCUAUUAUCUUAGAUGUGGUCAAGCGUGGCGAAGAUGACGCAGAUGUUUCGACUGGCGGCAUUCGCCCCAGACCAGGGAAAAGCGUGAUUGUGCGUGUCUACGAGUCUCUUGGUGGAAAGGCACGCGCAACAGUCCACAGCACUUUGCCUGUGAAACAAAUCUUCAAGUGCAAUAUUCUCGAGGACGACGAGGAGGAAAUGUUAUUCAAGAAGACUCGAGAAGAGAUCACGACGGUGGACAUCGAACUACGGGCAUUUGAGAUUGCAACUUACCGUCUACAACUGUAG